AUGUCGGCGUACCAACCGGCUCCCGUGCAUCUCGUCGGCAGUUUUCCAGCCCCGGAUGCCACGACGGCAUUUUCUAAGUGUUCCACUGCUCUGAAAGGGCGCCUCAAAAGCAUCCCUGACGGCGAACCGGGAUGGCGUUGGAAUUUCACGAUCGGCCUGGUCCAGAAGAAAGCCACGGAAAACCCAGCGAUCGGGAGAAUCUGGCGUGAGUAUGACGAGAAAUACGACCCUCUGCCGGUGAAGGAGAUGCCAGCCGAGGAUGUUGAACAGCUUCGCGAAGCCAUUAAGUCGACGUCAUGGAAGCUCGGAUAUGCUGAGGACGCUGUCGAGUCGUAUAAGGUCUUUUGCAAGUUACGAGAGGAGGGUACCAUCGAAAAGGACGUCCGGUUCCAAGUGUGUUUGCCGGGAGUUUCGAGCUUUGCCAUUUUCGUCAAGCCCACAUUCCAAUAUCUCGUAGAGGAUCUCGCCUACCAGGCCAUGCUGCAGGAAACGGAGGCGAUCUCGGCGGCCAUCCCGACGGAAGACCUCGCUGUCCAAUUCGAUAUUGCGAGCGACUAUAUCAAGAACGAGGCCCAACAAGAUCCAUCGUCCUAUAUGGGUGCCCUGAGGGAGGACUUCCAUCCGCCCCAAGAAAACGCCAUGGAUCGGUACUCUAGCCAGUAUGCAGGCUUGAUCGGAAAGGUCCCCGCGGAGGCCUAUACGGGUCUGCACGUGUGCAUGGGCAAUAUCAACAACAAGCCCGUCCUGGCGCCACGGAACAUGUCCGUCAUGGUCAAACUGGCGAACGAGAUCAUAUCCAAGGCCAAAGCCAGCAGACAGGUACAGUGGAUUCACUUUGGGUGUCUGGCUGAGUGGAAGGACCCAGCCCCCUAUGCCGCCCUCUCCAAGCUGGCGGACAAGAACGUUGCCGUCUACCUCGGCCUUGUGUAUCCAGACGAUCUGGAAGGUGCAAAGGAGAGAGUUGCUGCAGCGAGGAACUACUUGGAGAAGUUUGGCGUCGCUCCCGUCUGUGGUCUAGCCAGAACGUCGGAGGAAGGCGUGCAGUCGGUCCUGAGCAUUCUCAAGGAACUGACUCCGGCGGCCGCUGUCGCAUAG